UUAAACUGAAACAAAACAAACAGCAGUCGCGACUUGUUAGGUCGGUACGGCAGCAUGCGGCACGCCGCACGUGCGUAACGCGACAUGCGCACGGCUGCCGGCGAUGAUGUCUCCUGUCGGCUGGGCCGAGAGAAGAGCGCGGGGAGUCUUGUGGGAGAUGAGGAGCGCGCGUUGAGUCGGCCGAGGAGGCGCGCGCAUGGGACGAGCCGCGCGUAACGAACGGUGCCGUCAGGGUAAGGGGGCGCGGAGAUUUGCGUCAGAGAUAAUGGGAGAUGUAAACAAUGCAGAGCGGGUAGGGAGAUAAAUAGAGGCCGAGGGAGGCAAACAGAGAGAGAUAUGCAGAGAUAAAUAUAUAGGGAGAGAGAGCGAGAGAGCGAGAGAGCGAGACACGCGCGCGCGCAUAGGCAGACACGCGAUGAGAGACACCGCGUGUCACACACGGAGAGAUUUUGAGACAGUCAGAGAUACGGGCACAGGGGGUGACUCUAGUGGGACGCAGUAAGACGGAGAGAGUCACAGAGAGAGAGAGAGAGACAGAGAGAGAGACAGACAGAGAGACACAGAGAGACAGAGAGAGACAGACAGAGACAGAGAGUCACAGAGAGAGAGACACAGAGAUACAGACAGAGAGACACAGAGAGACACACAGAGAGACACAGAGAGACAGACAGAGAGAGAGACAGAGAGAGAGACAGACACAGAGAGAGAGACACAGAGAGACAGACAGAGAGAGAGAGACAGAGAGACACGCAAACACAGCGGCGGUCGCAGAGGCGGAUUGAGACAGACGCACAUCAGGGGCGAGACAGCCGCACGACGAGUAACACGACAGACGGGGACAGGCGCAGAGAGAGAGAGAGACACGCACAGAGCGAGAAGGCGGAGAGGGGCGACUGCGUGUGAGUCGCCUUCAACUCGUCACAGUUCACCUGCGAACGCGGCCACCACCAACCACCACCACCACGCGACUCUCCCUCCUUUGAGCGCACGUUCCUCGGUUGGGCAUUGCCACCACCACCACAACCAACCACCAGCACCACGCGACUCUCCCUCCUUUGAGGGCACGUUCCUCGGGUGGGCAUUGCCACCACCACCACCAGCACCAGCACCACAACCAACCACCAGCACCGCCUCUAACACACCAUCAACAAAGGUCGAGGCGCAGAGGAGAAAGGGCUCCCUAGCCCCGAAUCGAGUAUCGGCCUCGCCAUGAGAAGGCGUCAUCGGAGACCCGGCCUCCUGCACAUCUCGCUCUGCACGGGGAUCAUCCUCGCUCGGCUCGGAGCGCUCUCGUCCGUGGUGGCGCUGGGAGCCAACACGAUCUGCAACAAGAUACCGGGCCUCGUGCCGCGGCAGCGAGCGGUCUGCAGGAGUCGCCCAGACGCGAUCAUCGCGCUGGGCGAGGGGGCGCAGCGCGCACUCGACGAGUGCCGAUACCAGUUCCGCCAGGGCCGCUGGAACUGCUCGGGGCUGGGCGAGCACACCGUGUUCGGCCAGGACAUACGCGUAGGCAGCAGGGAGGCUGCGUUCACCCACGCCAUCCUGGCGGCCGGAGUGGCGCACGCGCUCACGGCGUCGUGCAGCCGCGGCAACCUGAGCGACUGCGGCUGCGACCGCGCCAAGCAGGGCGCGUACAGCGCGCGCGAGGGCUGGCGCUGGGGCGGAUGCUCGGCAGACCUCCAGUACGGCCUCCACUUCUCGCGCCUAUUCGUGGACGCGCGCGAAGUGCGCCAGAGCGCGCGCACGCUCAUGAACCUGCACAACAACGAGGUGGGGCGCAAGGUGCUGCACGAGCGCAUGAAGCUGGAGUGCAAGUGCCACGGCGUGUCGGGCUCGUGCACGACGCGCACCUGUUGGACCACGCUGCCCAGCUACCGCGAGAUGGGCCACGCGCUGCGCGAGCGCUACCACGCGGCGGCGCACGUGGAGGCGGUCGUGGCCGGCCGCUACCACCGCCCGGCCUUCCUCAAGCUCAAGAAGACGCGGGGCAGCGGCAGCGGCAGCAGCAGCUUCCGCAAGCCAGCCGAUGGAGACCUCGUCUAUCUCGAGCGCUCGCCCAACUACUGCGAGGAGGACGCGGCCGCCGGCUCGCCGGGCACCCGAGGCCGCCUCUGUGACCGCGCCUCGCCGCUCACCGACGGCUGCGAGCUGCUUUGCUGCGGCCGCGGCUACAACACGCACCAGCACACGCGCUCGUGGCAGUGCAACUGCAAGUUCCACUGGUGCUGCUUCGUCAAGUGCAACACGUGCAGCGAGAGGGCCGAGGUGUACACGUGCAAGUGACGCG